UCAAAAGGUCACAGGGACACUCAGACAUUCCCCUAUUGUUCUCCCUCAAACUGAGUCACCGAUCGGGAGAGCGAGAUAGAUGGCAUCAGCAUCGUCGUCAGAGACAAUGACGGAGAGGCGAGGAAUUCCUGCAGCUCAAUUUGUGGAGGAUGUAGAAACCUAUCUCUCUCAAUCUGGCCUCGAUGCCAACUCCGCUCUCUCAUUCCUCCAAGAAAGACUACAGCAGUAUAAGUUCGUGGAGAUGAAGCUUCUCGCGCAGCAAAGGGAUCUUCAGGCAAAGAUCCCUGAUAUUGAGAAGUGCGUUAAUGUAGUUGCCACCUUACAAACUAAGAAGGGUACUGAUGAGGAACUUAUUGCUGAUUUUGAAGUCUCUGAAGGCAUAUUUUCACGGGCACGCAUUGAGGAUAAUGAUUCAGUAUGUUUAUGGCUGGGAGCAAAUGUUAUGUUGGAGUAUUCGUCUGAAGAGGCCACUACUCUUCUUCAGAAAAAUUUAGAAAAUGCAAAAGCAAGUCUAGAAGUUCUUAUUGCUGAUUUACAAUUCUUGAGAGAUCAGGUGACAAUAACUCAGGUUACUAUUGCUCGUCUAUACAAUUGGGAGGUUCACCAACGCAGAUUGAGACAAGCUGCUACUGCUGCUGCUCCGAAAGACUAGUGAAAUAUCACCUCUUCCCCAGCUUCAGAGGUAGCAUUUAGCCAUCUAGUUUGUUUAAGUGAGUUUAUGGUCUUUUCUAUUUUCUGGAGAACUACAUUUUACUUCAGAGUCCUCUCCAUAACUGCACUUAGGCCCAGAUUUUGGUUUAUAUGGUACUUCCUUGCUGUAGAAUUGUUCAUUUACUAGUACCAGCGUUGGAUAGAUGAUAUAACUUACGGAUUUGAGUUGACGUGUAUUGAUGUGCGAUUUCUGGGCUGAUGUAUGUAUUUGAUGGUAUGUAAAGCCAUGGCAUUUUACUAUUUUGUUCAUUUAUUCAAUGUAGUUCCAUUGGACGCUGUUUUGAAAUUUGUUCCACUUGUGGUUAGCACUA